AUGAUCCCAGAAAAGCUUAAACAGCGAAGGGGAAAGAACACGAGCAUCAAUCUAGUGGCUGCAGAUCUGCAAGAGAAGAAAAUGUCUCGCACCGAGGAGGUCAACAAGAUGACGGAGAACGUCUACAAGGGCAUUCUGGACCAGUUCAACCCCAGUCUGAAGAACUUUGUGACCAUGGGGAAACACUAUGAGAGAGCUCUUACAGGAGUGACUGUGGCAGCUAAAGGCUACUUUGACGCUCUGGUGAAACUGGGAGAGCUGGCGAGCGACAGCCAAGGCUCCAAAGAGCUGGGAGACACCCUGUUCCAGAUGGCCGAGGUUCACAGACAGAUUCAGGUUCAGCUGGAAGACGUGCUGAAGCUGUUUCACUCUGAGAUGCUGGCCCAGUUGGAGCAGAAGCUGGAGCUGGACAUCAAAUACCUCACAUCAACUCUAAAGAAGUACCAGAGUGAGCGAAGGUCUAAAUCUGAAUCGAUCGAGCGCUGCCAGUCCCAGCUGAAGAAGCUCCGCAGGAAGAGCCAGGGCAGCCGCCACCCAAACAAGUACGGAGACAGGGAGAUGCAGUUUGUGGAGCUGAUGAGUCGUCGCCAAGGCGAGCUGGACGCACUGGUGGCCACGGGUUACAAGUCUGCUCUGACAGAGGAGAGGAGACGAUACUGCUUCCUGGUGGACAGACAGUGCUGCGUCACCAAACUGCUCAUAAACUACCACUCCAAGGUGAGAGAGCUUCUGUCGCACAAACUUUCUUCGUGGCAUCAGUCGUGCUCUCAGCCGACAAAGCUGCCAGAGCGCGCCCUCAACCUGCUGCGCCACACAGCACCGCAAAGCCCAGGGGCUGCUGGGAUAGCUGAGGCUGUCCGUCACACCAAGCAGGGCUCUGCUCAGCCAGAGCAGAAGCUCUCUGUUCAGGAGGUCCCUCCGCUGCUGAACGGAGACUCCAGCCGCUCCCAGCAGCAGCGCUCGCUCCCCUCUUCUUCCUCCUCCCACAGUGACUCUGGUCCUCCUCAGGGCUCCCCUCAGGCUUUCCGCUCUGUGUCCUCCACUGCUGGAGCUGCAGGAGGUUCCUCCAGAGGAGCAUCUCCUCAGCACACUAGCACGCCCCUGAGCGUGUCAGCCAGCCCCCUUCCUGACAGCCGGAGCAGCGAGAGCCCAGCAGGAUCCACCCCCACCACGUCCAGCAGCUCCACCCAACAGGGCUCGCUCCUCCUGGCCACGUCCAGCCUCUCCCCGAGCCUCAUCCCAUCCACGAUGAUGUCCCUCAGCCAGAUCUCGGCGACCAGCAGCUCCUCACAGGGCAUGACCCUCCCCAUCCCCCACAGUGCUCCUCACAGCCCCCCGCUGUCCCACAGUGCUCCUCUCUCCAGGGCCAUGACUCCAGUGCAGCUGCUGCACCAACAGGUGGGGUCAGGAGGGAGCAACACUUUGUCUCUGUCUCAUAAUCCCUGGCUGCUGAAGACUGGAGACAUGUCCGCCACCGCAACCCUCCCACUGCCGAGGAGGCCUCUCAGCGAAAUGAGGCUGGGGGGCUUUCAGGGCUCCAGUCUCCCCAGGACGCUGCCCUUAUCUGGAUACACCCAAGUGGAGGCCAUGUUCACCCACAUACCUGGAGCUUCGGAGGGUGGGGCUGGAAACAUGGGGGGCGGGGCUUGCUUACUCCACUUCCUACCUGGCGACCACAUCACCCUGCUGAUCUCUGAGCCCAGAGAUGGGUGGCACUACGGGCAAAAUGAACGAACCGGACGGAAAGGCUGGUUCCCUUUCUCCUACACUCAACCACAACAUGGCAAGAUGGAUCAGACUGAGGGCUCUCACUUCUUAUCUAAGACUAACAGCACCAGCACCGGACAGCUCGACAAACUGGUGUCCGCAGGUCUCCCAGCCCUGACCCCCGAGUCCGAGGAGGAGCGCUCCCUUCCUCCCCAGAGGGUCAGCACCUUCCGCCCGCGCCCCUACAGCAUGGCGGACAGCAACAAGAUCACGUCAGAGUUGACCUCUCCACCCUCUCCCACCAGGCCCAAUCCAUUCGCUCACAUCCGACUCAGAAAAACGUUCACCAACGAUCGCUCGGCACCCAUCAUUGAGUGAGCGUGGGAUCUCUGUGGAUCGUCGCUCCUUC